AUGGCCUACUUUCCGCCAGAGAUAGAGGACUCGGUGAUCGCCAUGACCAACCUCGAAGCGGACAGGCGCAGGCCCGCCAUCGACGGGUGGAAGCCCAUGGGGCGCGUCGAGUUCCGGGCCUACGUGGGGCUGCUGGUGCUCGCCGGCGUGUACAGGUCCCGGGGAGAGGCCUGCGAGAGCCUGUGGGACGCCGAGAGCGGCAGGUCCGUGUUCAGGGCCGCGAUGCCGCUCAAGACCUUUCGAGCCUACUCGAGUUCGCUGCGCUUCGACGACAGAGAGACCAGACGGGCCGGGCGAGGCGAGGGCGGCGGCGGCUACGACAAACUGGCCCCCAUCAGAGCCGUGUGGGACGAGUGGUGCGCGAGGCUGCCCGCCAUGUACCGCCCGGGACCAGAGGUCACCGUCGACGAGAGACUGGUGCCGUUCAGAGGAAGGUGUCCGUUCAGACAGUACAUGCCCAGCAAACCGGCCAGGUACGGGAUCAAGAUAUGGGUGGCGUGCGACGCGCGUUCCAGCUACGCGUGGAAGAUGCAAGUCUACACCGGCAAGCCCGACAAGCGCGGCCCUCCCGAGAAGCACCUGGCCACUCGAGUGGUCGUGGACCUCACCGAGGGACUGGCGCCGGGACGCAACGUCACGUGCGACAACUUUUUCACCUCGCGCGAGCUCGCCGACAGGCUCUUUCGCGAAAGAGGCCACACCGUGCUGGGCACUCUGCGAUCGAACAGACCCGAGAUCCCCAGAGAGCUGCGCUGCGUCAAGGGCAGGGCCGUGGGCUCCGUGGAAUCCGUAGUACUCGGCGGCUCCGCGGGACCGAGAAGAGGAGGAGGAGGAGGAGGAGGAGGAGGAGGAGGAGGAAGAGGGCCAGACACGAUCAUCCUCUCCUACGUGGCCAAGAAGAACAAGAACGUGCUGCUCCUCACCACCGCUCCUCGCUACCACCACCACCACCACCACCGCCGCCGCUCCGGCCCCGAGCCCCGGCCUAGCCGCCGCAGCAGCAGCAACGGCAACAGCAACAGCGGCGGCGGCAAACCUCCCUUGGUGCUGCAUUACAACCGCACCAAGGGAGGCGUCGACAACCUGGACAAGGUCGUGAGCACGUACAGCUGCAGGAGAAAGACCUGCAGGUGGCCCGUGGCCCUUUUCCACAACAUGGUGGACGUGGCGGCAUACAACGCGUUCGUGCUCUGGAGGGAAAUUCACCCCGACUGGAUGGCGGGCAAGCUCAACAAACGAAGGCUCUUCCUCGAGCGGCUGGGCAAAGCGCUCGCGCUCCCCAUGAUCGAAGCCAGGGCGUUGGCGCGAGGAGGAGGAGGAGGAGGAGGAGGAGGAGGAGGAGGCCGUGUUGCGGCCCGAGGAACUGCUGCUACUACUACUACUACUACUGAUGAGGCCGACGAUGCCGAUGCUAGUACUACUCGCACCGCCGAUGCUACGCCACGCGACUCCUCUCCGGUCAAGAGGCGAAGGUGCCGCGUGUGUCCCAGGAGCAAAGACGUCAAGACCAAGAUCCUGUGCCACGAGUGCCGAGUGUACGUGUGCACCAACUGCGCCGUCACGUACUGUCCCAACUGCGCCGCUUCACACACCGCCGCUUCCCAGACGCCGCCGACUUUGUAAUAACACAAGCGCCCCGAGGGGGUCCUAGCGACCCCCACCCACCCUAAUCAUCAUCAUCAUCAUCAUCAUCGUCGUCGUCGUCGUCAUAACAACACAUAUGCCCGAGGGGGUCCUAGCGACCCCACCCACCCUAAUCAUCAUCAUCAUCGUCAUCGUCAUCGUCAUAACAACACAUAUGCCCGAGGGGUCCUAGCGACCCCCCACCACACCCUAUCAUCAUCAUAACACAUAUGCCCCGAGGGGGUCCUAGCGACCCCCCCCCCCCCACACACACACCCUGUCACUAUCACCAUCAUCAUCAUCAUCAUCAUCAACACCAUCAUCAACAUCAUCAUCAUCAUCAUCAUCAUCAUCAUCAUCAUAAUAACACACACGCCCCUCGGGGGUCUCCACGCCCCACGCCCCGAGAACAGGAGGGCGGGCGCACAAGGG